GUCGAUGAAAUCACCACUCCUCUGUGAGCCAGAAGCAAGCAACAGAUAUCCAACGACCCACACGCGCUUACUGGUUGCUGUUCGAUUGAGACUAUAGAACACACAUCCAAUGCCUUAAUCAAGACUACAUCUGUAGACCUGGCCGAAUCACCUACACAUACGAUAUAGCCGUACCAACGUCACACACCAUGGACCCUCCAAACGCACCCCCAUCAGAUGCGCCUAUGCCCUCGUCCUUCGACGGCGAUGUCGAAUUCUACGAAGAGUCCGUCUGGGGCAUGCUCAAGCGGCGCUGCAUGGAAGAGCCCCUCGUCCCACUCGGCUGCGGCCUGACCUGCGCCGCCCUCCUCGGUGCCACAAAAUCGAUCCGCAGCGGCGACCACGCGCGCGCAAACGUCAUGUUCCGCCGUCGGAUCUACGCCCAGGGCUUCACGCUGCUGUCGAUCCUGGUCGGCAGCGUGUACUGGCAGAAGGACCGCGAGAAGCGCAAGGAGUAUGAUGGGCUGGUGCAGAUGCGCAAGAGGCAGGAGAAGCGCGAUGCCUGGGUGCAGGAGUUGGAGCGGAGGGAUGAGGAUGGGCGGGAGGUCAAGGCGCGGAUGAUGAAGAGGGUGGAGAUGGAGAGGGUACGGGAUGAGAAGACGCGGAAGGCGCUUGGGAUGGCGGCGACUGGUGAUGAGGAGAAAGGGGCCGUGCAGAAGGUGGAAGAGGGUGCGAAAGGCGUUGUUGAAAAGGUGGAAGAUACGGCGAAGAAAGCUUUUGGCAAAGGGGGUGAUUCGAAAAGUGUGCUUGAAGACAGUGAGGAUAGGGGCAUUCUCGCCGCUGUUCGUGACUUGGGCUGGAGGAGGUAAGCAUUACAACGAUAUGUCUGCAGAUCAUCGCGUGUAUUGACAUUAGUACGUGCAUGCUUCGGAAAUGUACAUGUAUGGGUAAAUGGGAUAAACGACAUUCUGCAAACGGGUCUACUGCAAUGAUAUGUGAUUAAGUUCGUAAAGGCAAGAGCCGAAACCCAUGAACAGUCCAUCGAUCUUCAGACUUGCGAACGACCGUCCUACUGUACCAAACACGCCGUAUGCACCUGACCC